AUGCGUCGGUCGUCGCUCUUUUGGAAAUCAAAAACAUUGGCGCAGAUGUUUCGCAAGCUGAAGCUCGCGGGUGCCCAUCCGGAUGUCGUGUGGGCCGUUGACGCGCAGAAGGCACAACACAAUGGCGAGGAGAUGAUUCGCCUGGAGACAAUGAUGCACCGACGGAGUUCUGCACACAGCAACAGUCACGGGCCUCAGAGAAUCGCGGAAAGCUUUACAUUUUGGCUAACCGAGCAGCAGGAAGCCCAUCACGGUAGGCGAGCCACAGCGCUGCGGUCUGUAACGUGCACCAUCAACCCAGCCGCCCCAAACAAUACUGUGAAGCAGCAGCUGUCGCAGCUUUUUCGCGAUGCUGGCAUCUAUGAAGAUUUUGAUAUCGAUGGCACGGGAGUUGAGAUGAACCUCGAGUCGGUAUUGCGCCAUGCAGACGAGCGACAGAACGAGCACCUCCACCAGUCUGGUGUCUUGUAUAUCCGUGGAGACAAGGCAGUUGAAAUGCUGCGGCGUUUUGGCGUUCUUCUUAUCGUUGAAGAAAAUGGCAUCACGUACCUCGUAACGUUGCCGGAGAUGCGUCCUCAACCGCAACAGCAGGAGCCCCUGGACCGCUCCUCUUCCACUUACACGCCGGCAAAGAGUCUUGUCGGCCCCAAUGGGGAAAUUGACCCGGAUGUUCAGGAAUAUAUGCGUGAACGUGGCCUUCGCGCCUUUGAUUUGCGCAUGGCCGGGAGUCAUUCGUCAGUGGAACGCUUCGUCUCCGCCUUUGAGCGGCUUGAACGAAUGUAUGAUGUGCACCGCGGCCGAUCGAUGAGGCCGUGUGUGUGUAUUGUCUUCUCUCUCAAGUCCCCGGAUAACUAUGUGGCGGAGGACGGCUGCAUUGUUCUUUCCGUGCAACGCAUGCCAGCAUGGGAGGAGUUUCUCUUAACCCUCCCGCAGGAGGUGUGGCAGAAUUGUGUGCAGAUGCACCGUGACUGGCGCAUUGGAAACGCCCCAAAACUGCGGGCGCGCCAACGACAACUUAUGAAAGUCGCAGACAUGUUUCAUUUUUUUCGCCUGCAACUGGACUCUGGUAUCGGGUCACGGGUGGACUGGCAAGAGGCGUUUAUCCUCCGACUGAUGAAGGAAGAAAUGAUGAUACGCAAUACCGUGCGGAAGUAUAAUUUGAAGUCGGAGCUUUUGAAGAAGCGAGGAGAAAUUCACGUGGCAUUCACUCUACGUAGUGCGGUGGAUCCUACGAAGGAGAUUGGAUACCGCAUCGGUGGCGAUGGUCGUUUGUUCUUCAAUUUCAGCACGAUGACCACUGGGCAGAUGCUGCGCGUAUUAAAGGACAAUCUCCAUCGUCUUGAGGAAUUUCAAAAGCAGCACGACAACGCCGUGGCUACGCUUGAGCAUCUGAGCCGUAGUAUCCCUGUUGACUUCAGUGUUGACACCGAGUGGAAGUUACGGGAGGAGGGGAACCUUGUGAACUGCCUGCAGAGAUUUGUUCACACAAUAAAGGCAAACCAGGCACAGUUGACGGCCUUUUUGACGAUGCUUCUGAAGAACAGCACGAUGUUAGGUGUGCCGAAGAAGCGCAUGGUGUGGAUCAUAUCCGCACGGUUUGAUACGAUGCCGAGUGGAGUCGUGUUUGUGCCAUGGGACGUCGAUUUUGAGUCCAUUAAGAAAAACCUUCUGCCGAGGGGCUAA